AGUGGCGACAUGGAGUCCCGAGACCACUGGCCAUACACAAGGACAACACACCGGAACAGACUGCCUCCCCAAGACCUCCCCCUCCCCCUGAUGGAGAAGACCACCUUUGAGAUGGAGAGGGAAGACGAUGACAGCGAUGGGGAGUCAACGAUGGACUUGGGCUCUGGCUCCCAGGAUGCUGAGUCCUAUCAGGAUGUCGUGGACUUCACUGAAGACAGGAGGCCUCAGAACCCGAUUCAGGACAAUAUGGAGAACUACAGGAAGCUGCUCUCCCUGGGGGUCCAGCUGGCAGAGGACGACGGACACUCCCACUUGACCCAGGGCCAGACAUCAAGGUCCAGGAGAAGCCCUUACCCAAGCACCAGUCGAGGUCUGAAACCCAUGCCUGAAGCCAGGACAUCAAGCUACCGGCGGGGGAUAUGUGAGGACGAAUCCUCCCACGGGGUGUUCAUGGAGAAGUUCAUCAAGGCCGUCUCCCGCAGCGCCAAGUCGGGAAGAGCUCGGGAACCUAACGACUGGCCCCCCAGGGUCCCCAGGGUCCCCAGGAUGCCUGACGAUGACUGGAGAGAGGUCUCCUUCAGCAAGAGGGAACCGGUAAUUCAGGAGUGGGGCUGUGAGGGGUGUGUGUUUGCGGGGGGCCUCAGCUCUAAUUCCAGCCUGGUGUCUAGAAAGCGAAUUCGUGAAAGAAAAAGGCGCUGUCAGCUGGACGUGGACGGGAAGGGCUUGGUUCGCGGUCAGAAAGGCUAUGGGAAAAAGAAAGCCUUUGAAUGUAGCCAGGCCAGGAAAGGUGAGCACCUGGGCAGCCUCAGCUUGCUGUCCCUCACCGAGUCGCCGCUGGCUGACUUGGGGCCCAUGCCUUAUGUGUGUGAUGAGUGCGGGCGGCUUUUCAGUGUGGUUUCUGAGUUUGUCGAGCACCAGAUCAUGCACACGAGGGAGGAGCUCUAUGAGUAUGGCAAGUUAUUCUUCCAUAGCGUGCCUCUUAGCAAGUUUCUGAAAAGUCAGGCCCAAGGGAAGCGCUCUGAAGGUCAGGAGUACGGGAAGGCCUUUCCUAGGAGUGCUGCCUUUACUGAGCACCAGAAAAUCCAUGGGAGAGAGUGUCUCCCAGCAAGUCAGGGUCAGGAGAAUGAGGAAGCCGUCAUGCCCAGCCCAAGCCUUAAUCAGCUCCAGAAAAUGUCUGACAAAGAGAGAUUCUGUGAAUGCAGGAUGUGUAAGGAGACCUUCCUCCCUAGCUCUGCCCUGGUUGACCACCAGAAAACCCACGGGAGAGAGGACCUUGAUGACUCAGAUAAUGAAUGUGGGGAGGCCUCUAAGCCCAGCCUGUCCCAGAAAACGUACAGUAAAGAGAAAGCAAGUGGAUGGCAGGUGUGCGCGGACACCUUCCUGCAUAACCUCGCCCUGAGAGGGCACCAGAAAGCCCAUGCUAGAGGUGACCUAUUAAAAAACCAGACUAGAGUGUGUGAGGAGACGUUCAUUCUUGUCCAGCCCCUUAAAAGGCAUCAGAAAGCUCCCACUAAAGAGAAGCUCUAUGACUUGAAAGAUGGCGGGGAUGCCUCUGUCCAGAGUUCAGGAUUCAGCGAGCACCCGAAACUCCACUCUCGAAAGAACCGCUAUGAAGGCAGGGGAUAUGAGAAAUCUGUCUUUCCUAGCAUGCCCUUCCCUGAGUCCCAGAAAAGCCACAUCAUAACAAGACCACCUGACCAUGAGGAGCAGGAGGAGAGAGCAUUUCCCAUUAGCGCCAGCCCCAAGGAGCAGCAGAGAUUCCCCACUCAGGAGCUUGUCUGUGAAGGGAGGCAGUGUGACAGGUCCGUUAUUCACAGAUUGGCCUUUACUGACCCCCAGAAAAGCCACAGCGCUGCAGAGCUCAGUCAGCUGAAGGCGAUGGCGGAGUCCAUCGCAGUCCGGAGCGCGAACGCCAUUGCGUACCAGAGAGCCCGUGCUGGAGAGAGCGCCUGGGAAGGGCAGGUGUGUGGGAGAUCUGUCAUCCAGAGCGUGGCCGCUGCCGAGUCCCUGCCACGUCACACUGGAAGCGAGAAGGGCGAGUCUUCUCUGGGUGUCUCAGACCCUAAUGUACAGUCGAAGGUGGACAUCAGAGAGAGCUUUUUUGAUGAGGCUAAGUAUAUGAAAUACACUGUCAUACAGAGUGUGCCCCGUGCUGGAGAGGUGCCCAGUGAGUGGAAGAAGGAGGGUGAACCCUCCGCCCCCCGGUCCCAGGUGCGUGAGUAUCAGAAAGCCCGGGAGAAAAAGAAGUACGUUGAGUGCAGGGACUUUGAGACUUCUGUGAUGCGGUCCCUCCCCUUUGGCGAGCGCUUGUAUGAAUGCUGGGAGUGCGGAGAGUCCUUUGUGCACAGUGCCGACCUCAGUGAGCACCAGAAGGUUCAUGACCGAGAGAAGCCCUCUGGAAGCAAGGCGUACCAAAGGUCCGUCAUCCGCAGCCUUGCCCUGGUGGACCCCCAGACCAGCUCCGCCCAAGAGCGUGCGCACCAGGAGUGUAAGGAGUGUGGGAAGUGCUUUGCCACUAGCGAAGCCCUCAGCCGCCACCAGAGAAUCUUCGGCCGGGAGAGGUUCCACGGCAGGAUGACCUUUGGAAACUCCGUCAUUCAGAGCAUUGGUUUUGAAGAGCCUCGGCAGGACAAGUCGAAGGAGAAGUUGGACACCAUCUAUGAAUGCAAGGACUGUGGGCUGGGCUUUGCCAACUUGACCGAGUUUGAAGAUCAUCGGAGAGUUCAUGGUCGGCAGUAUCUCUCGGACGCCCGUGUGUGCGGGUCUUCAGUAAUCCAGACCUGUUCCUUUAGUGACACCCAGAGAAACACCGAUGGUGACCAGCUCUUUGAGUGCCCGCAGUGUGGGGAAUCCUUCAUUAGUAACACCUUCUUUUUUGAGCAUCAAAAGAUGCAUGAGAGGGAGCCAUUGUUUGUGGGCAGGCAGUAUAGUGAGGCCCCCGCGCGCCCCCGCCUGCCACUCCCCCGACCCAAGAGGAGGCGCGCCUCCAGGAAGAGUCCUCCCGAGUGGAAAACCAUCCGGUGCCAGGUGUGCGGGCAGGACUUCGUCCACAGCUCGGUCCUCCAGGAGCACAUGAAAACCCACACUGGAGAGGAGGAGCUGGAACGGGCCAGGAGGGGUGAGGACACGGUCGUCCCAGGCCUGGCGCUCACCGAGUUCCAGAGGAGUCAAACGGAAGAAAAAAACUACGACUGUAAAACCUGUGGGGAGUCCUUUCUCAACCACUCCGACCUGAGGGAUCACAUGAGGGUCCAUGAACGCGACCAGCCCUUCCGGUACGGGACGACCUUUGUCCACACCUCAUUUCCUUUUGAGCUUCCCAGCUCAGACUCGCCGUUCUACGAAUGCAAGGACUGUGGGAAGUCCUUUAUUCACAGCACGAUCCUGGUCAAACACCAGCAGCUCCACCUGGAAGCAGCAGCCCAGGCGCUGGAGGCCAAUCUGCUCGUCCCACAGGAAGUGCUGCGCAUUCAGGGACCCGAGGUGGAGGCUGCCGAGCCGGAAGUGGAGACUGCCGAGCCGGAAGUGGGGGCCGCCGUGCCCAACUUGGAGGCCGCCGAGCCCAACGGGGAGGCCGCUGGUCCAGACGGGGCUGCCGAACAGCUAGAUGGGGAGGCCGAACUGUCCGACGGCGAUGGAGAUGAACCUGAUGGUGUGGGAAUCGAAGACCCAGAAGAGCGCGCUGAGGAGCUCGAAGGAGACGCCGACGAGCCGGAUGGUGCGGGGCUGGAAGACCCCGAAGAGGAGGACGAAGACCAGGAGAUCCAGGUUGAAGAGCCGUACUAUGACUGCCAAGAAUGUGCCAUAACCUUCGCUUCAAACUCGGCCUACGGGGAGCACCUGAAAGCCCAUGCCCGAGUGAUCCUAUACGAGCCGGCCAGUGUCUACGGUGAGAGCUCCCGCUACACCGCGCACGCCAGCACCAGCGCCGGUGCCAACGACGGGGCCGACGGGAAGUACUUCAGAUGUGACGUUUGUGGGCUGCUCUUCAGCGACCUCCUGUCCCUGGCCAGACACCAGAACUCCCACACCGGCUGA